CGACCCUUUCUGAUAUCCCAGUGUUUUCAGAGGAGCCAGUCUACACACUAUACCUACCCGCGCGACACAAACAGGCACAAUACUAUCCUGAGCUUGAAGCGCAUUCAUUGAUUCCUUCGACCUGAUCUCAGCUGUGUAUCAUACCCCUUAAUUGGACCAGUCUGGCCGCGGAAAGGCUGUCGACUCUACUCAAAAGAUCCACCAGCCUCGCAUCGUGUGAAUCCAGCAACCAUGCCGAAACGUCCGCUAGAUAUCUCCUCUCCACUCCCCAUAGACAUGGACAGAGUUCAGAAAAAGACGGAAAGAUCACAUGAGGAAAACCAGGAGCGAGCAUAUAUCGCAGCCUCGCGAAGAGCAGAUCGCAGUAUCGAGGCUCGAGUGCAGUCGGCACGCAUGGCCUCUGAGAUCCACAAGAAGAGGACGGGAAAGGGGUUCAAGAUUUCCGAAGAGAUUGUCAUAAAAGAGGAGAUGUAUGAGGAGGAGGAGGAUGACCUGCCUCGUCACUACCGAGCCCUCGCAGCACACCUUCAGACAUCUUCCGAGGACAUGAACAGCAGACUAAACGCAUACAUCACGAACCAGGUAGCCAUGAGGACCCUGGCGCGACACCAGGAGGUCAACCGGAUGUUCUCCGAGUCUUUCCCAAACGCGUCUCAGAUGUCACAGAAUCUGGUUCAGUCGGUGUACUUCCAGCCAUUAGCAGAGAACCAAUGCGGCCCGGCCCAGCCGCACAACCCCCAAUCCUUCCAUCCCAACCGAUCCCAAUCAACAUCAUCUCAUACCUCUUCAAUGUCGCCUCGGCGACCGUCCGUCCCUCGUCAAAGCCGCUCCCCGGUCCAACUACCCUCCUCGGCCGACGACCAGCUAUCGACGCCCAGCUUGACGCCGGGCUCAGGAAACUCAGACACGACGCGGUCCCACUCCCCAUCGACCUUCGCCCACCAGCCGCAGCCCUACCACAUCACGGUACCAUCCUCGUCGAUGCCAGGCCUCAUCGACCCGACCCUUGCCUCGGUCCACGACUCCUCCCCGCAGCGCUCAUCGUUCACGGCCGAGCUGCCGCAAGAGACAAAACUCCUCGCGAACAUCGACCUCAGCGACCCAAUGGCUGGCACCUUCUUCGGCAUCCCCGGCGACAUGUCGGGCCUGCCCCACACGGGCAUGGAAACGACCCAUUUCGCCGCACCCGUCAACCCCAUGACAGCCGACCCCGCCGCGUACAGGAUGAAGGGCCACCACCAACACCACCACCAACAGCAGGCCUGGCCGAUGCUAGAGGAGGUCGGUUACUUCAACCCGGGCCUGCAUUCGUCGAACCGGUUCGCCGCCGCCGAGGGGUUCUCGGGCCAUAGCCACUACCACCACCAUGAGGGGAGCAGGAUCGGGACCCCCGGUGGCGGGGACGGGGACUCGUGGGACGCGUGGGUCAACACGGAGGAGCUGGGCAAGCUCGAGGCUGAGGCCCGUUGAGAGCUCGGUUGGUCGGUCACAGGAGGAAGCAGUGGUGUUUUUCUUUUGGUGUGUGACGCUCGAGGACG